AUGUCACUCAAGCCUAUGCCUUUCCUGAGCGGUCGUGUCCCAAGCAGCUCAGAACUCCAUGGUCGCCAUGAUUCACCAAGCGAUAUCGUCUCUGUGAUUUCCCUCCCAAAAGUACAGCAAGCGCUCUGGCUGGAUUACUUGGUCAGACCAUAUGCCUGUCACUACUACCUGAGGCUCGAAGUCGACCUAACUUCCUUGAGUCCGACGCUAGAGCGCCUUCUGGAAGGUACAUUCGGGCUGUUCGCCGUUGGCCACCACAUUGCAGCUGAUGGUUUCAGCUUGAGUGUUUUGUCCAAGGAGAUCCUCAGUAUUCUCGAGCCUCCCACGGAGCAGCUAGCCACUGAGGAACUGGGCCUCUCAUACGGUGAAUACAAGUGGAGUGGACUUUAUAAGACGUCCUGGUUUCAGGUUGCCUCGACCAUAGUCGCCUUGGUCACAGACGGUAACGCGGAACCUAUGCCGCAUCAUGAUCGGGCUCUUUUCGUGGCAUUUGGCGCACGCCUCAAGGAAUUCCAGAAAUGUGUUUCUCACAUGGCCAAUACACAAUGGAUGCCAGUGAAGAUCCCGCUUGCGCACCUGCUGCAGAACAAUGCCACCUUUGCCGAGGCUGGAAAGGCAUUUGGAAAGAACCUCUCCAAUGUCAAAAAACAUGAGAUGUACCCUUUCCUCAGCUUGAUUGAAGAGGCCCGGAAACAGAUGAAUGAGUCUCAGCUCAAGUCCAAGCUGGCUGUCAUUGCGAACCCGGACGUAUUCGGUGACGAAACUAUGGCGAAACUGCAGGGCGAAUUUCUCAGCGCCAUGAAGUCUUCACAACAGAACAUUAUAUGGCUUCUUGGAAUCCUCGAAGCGGGCGCAUAUUACGUUGUGCUCGAUAAGAAGCUACCAGACAGACGCAAAGCUGCUAUUGCCUCUAUAUCUGAAGCACGAUUUCUGGUGACCGACGAUUUCAAGAUUCAGCAGACUCUAUCCAACCUGGACAUCACAGUAGUAAGCCUCGACACCGUUGAGCGAGAGCUGUCGACACAAUCGGUCACUUUGCUGAAGAUAGCUCAAAGAGACGACGAUCUCGCCCACAUUAACUUCAAAUGCAGUCGAGUUCUUCAAUUUGCGACUUUCGCAUUCGAUGCAUCCGUCCUGGAGUGGGUAGUGACGCUCUCGUAUGGCGCAACCCUUUGCUUCGUCGAUCACCCAGAGGAAUACCUCGCCACUAUCAUCGAAAAGAACAAGAUUAAUUUCUUUCACACAACGCUCUCGGUACUUUCCAAGAUUCCUGUUGAACGGAGCUUGGAUUCAUUGAGGAUGAUAUCUGUUGGAGGCGAGCCUUCUUCCGCUGGGCUGCUCGGCAGAUGGAGACAGAAAGCUCAGUUCCUACACGCUUUCGGUCCGACAGAGACAACUGGAAGUUAUCGCGGAAGAUCAGCGCAGCGAUCCUCGGCUUCCGUUACCAUCUACGAUCGGCAAACCUUUCCCAAACUCGACCUCCGAGUCUGUUCCGAAGAUAGCGACGAUUCACUUCCAAUUGGGAAGCAUGGAGAGAAUUGUAUCGUUGGCCCACAGGUUUCUUGCGGUUACAAGGGGCAGCCCGAGCUCACCGAGAGUCGUUUUCGUACAAUCCAGCUGGAUGGUCACGAUACUGCCAUGUAUCGAAUCAGCGACAAGGGUUUCUUGGACGAGCAUGAAAGAUUGCACAUUGGCGGGCGCAUGAAGAACCGCGAGAUCAAGCCACAGGGUUAUCGUAUGGACUUGCAAGAGAUUGAGAAGAGCAUUCUGGAUCAUAGCCCGGAAGCACUGCCGAUGAACGCCAACGGCAAGAUAGACCGUGCAGCGGUUGUUAGACAGCUACGGGUUCUACUUACAUCCUCCCCUGAGACCAAUACAGUGCGCUAUAGGCAAUUCAGCAUGCCCCCAAAGAAAGACCAGUCGGGUGUCUCGGCAGUCCUCAGGAAUUCGUGGAUGCAGACUCUACAGCUGAACAGUCCACCAAACUUUGACACGUCCUUCUUUGAGGUUGGGGGACACAGCAUCACUCUGACAGAACCUCACAAGCGUAUCGUAAAUCACUUCCCGAACUGCAAAGUGAGCUUACUGGACAUCUCCGAGGCGCCUACCAUUACUAAACAAGCUGAAUUUCUGUCAAGCAAGCUAGGAACGCCAAAGCAGAUAUAUGUUCUUUCUGACAGUAGUUCCGACAGUGAUAGCGACUCAGACAUUCACACAGCUGCUACGUCUCUUUGCAAUUCUUCGAACCUCGACCACAACAAGUUCGCUAUCGUCGGUCUUGCCGGCUACUUUCCUGGUGCCGUCGAUAUCGAUAGCUUCUGGAAGAUUGUUAUGGAGAGCCGGUCGGCAGUUGUGACUCACAAAGAGGCGUUGCCGCCCGGUGACAUGACAGAAGAUGAGAUUUUUGAAAUCCGGAAACUCCUGUUCCUCUCUGUUGCAUCUCAAGCGCUUGCAGACGCCAACAUCUCCAUCACCAAGAGCGUACCAAACCCCACCGGCGUCUUCAUCGGCGCGGCAUACAACACACACAAAGAUGCACCCGGCACACCUUCACCUGCGGAUAGCUUCCAGGCGCGCCAUCGCACACUGCUCGGCCUGCCCAUCUCAACGUUCACGGCGUACAAGCUCAACCUGACGGGGCCCAAUGCGACGCUCAACACUGCAUGCUCGAGUUCGUUGGUUGCUCUACAGCAAGCACUCUCUGCUUUGCGUGCAAAGACUUGUACCGCCGCCCUUGUUGGUGGAGUCACUGUCCAUUGUCCAAAGUUGGGCGGUUACGUGACAGCGCCGGGCCAGGUCUUCAGUCCUUCUGGCUACUAUCGUCCGCUUGAUGCCGCCGCCGAUGGAUCAGUACCAGCCGAUACAGUAGCUGCCGUGGUCAUCAAGACAUUGAGUGCGGCGCGGCGCGAAAACGAAGCAGUGUAUGCUAUUAUUGAGGGCUGUGCAAUAGGGUCCGAUGGCUCAGUCGACAAGGUUGGCUUCACUGUGCCAUCGGGUGCAAUACUGAGGCAGCGAGCGGGAUGCUGA